AUGCCCGCCCAAAAGAUCUCCUCCUACCUCGCCGACCUCGAGCGCGACGGCUUCGUUGUCGUCAAGUCCAUCGUCUCCCCCGAGAAGCUGCAGCGCCUGCGCGACGCCGCCAUCAAGGUCGAGGCGCUGGCCCGCCGCGGCGAGUGGCCGCACAUCCGCACCGUCGGCAAGCAGUUCCCGCCCUGGCAGUGGGAGCCCGAGAAGGGCAUCUGGGGCGUGCAGCACAUGAUGAACCCGGACCUCCCCGGUCACGACAUCUUCACCGAGCUCUACUUCUCCGACGAGGUGCUCGACAUCGUCAAGGCGCUGCUGCAGUGCGACGACGACCAGCUCGUCAUGGAGCUCUUCAACAUGCUCGUCCGCCCCGACGGCGACUUUGAGCUGCGCUGGCACCGCGACGACAUCCCCGCCGAGGCCACCCCGGACGAGGAGAUGGAGCGCCUCGCCCGCCCGGGCUUCCACGCCCAGUACAACUUUGCCCUCUGGGAGGACGAGUCGCUCGUGCUCGUGCCGGGCUCGCACGCCCGCGCCCGCACCGACGCCGAGCGCGCCGCGGGGCCCUUCGAGCCCGUCCUUCCGGACCAGCUCAUCGUGAAGCUGGAGGCGGGAGAUAUUGCCUUUUACAACAACAACAUCCUCCACCGCGGCGUCUACGACUCCAAGAAGGACCGCGUCACCCUCCACGGCUCCGUCGGCCACGUCAGCGGCAGCAACCUCCGCGCCCGCAACGUCCUCCAGCACGGCAUCGGCAAGUGGGUGGACAAGGUCGACUUCUCCAAGCUCAGCACCAGGGAGCGUGAGCGUGCCGAGGCCAUGCGCGCCCGUCUCGUCAAGAUGGGCUCCGAAGCCGGCGACGUCGGCUACUCUCUACAGGGCUAA